GUGUCUGAGCGGCUCGUAGACGCGAAUCCAACCCGCAGUCACUGAACCCAGGAGCAUCUGUAUGAACAAUGAACCGGCUGACUUGGAAGGAAAUGAUUUGGUGAACGCGGAGAUGAAGAGGACGUUUGAGGAGUGUCGAGAUGAUGGGAUUGUACAACGGCACUGAUUUAGCUGGAUAGCUGUGGUGUAAAUGACCUCUAACGGUACAAGGAAUUAGUCAUUUCUAAUACUUUGUUGUCUGCAAAGCCAAUCCUCUUACAGACUCUGAUAGAGCGUUACAUUGGCGGACUUGCAUUUGCUUGUUGAUGAACUUUCACAGUAUCGUCAUUAAAAUAGGCUACACGUCUUUACCUUAUAGUGUCUUAAUUUAUUUAUUUACAUGGAUAUGUGAUUAUUGAAUGGCCUACAGUAUACUAGAUCUGACCAAAGAGCUGAAUAGUUACAGCAAAGUCAUUCCUUAUUCCAUAAAGAUUUUUUUUUGUACUUCACUGGGCAAAUUGGUGCUCCAAUUUGUUAGCAGAUCACCUUUAGAUUUAACCCCAUUAAAUCCUGCAUUGACAUUUUGAGAUAUUUGUGGCACAAGCUGCUUGGUGUCAUGAGUUGGCCAUCUGUUGUGGAAACCUACUUAAACCUGCAAGCAGAUUAACCAGUGAGAGGUCCAAGGCAUCAGUCUGGACAUUUCUGUGCCUGGACUCGGUUGGCUUCCUGGUUGAGGGAUGCUGAGGGUCACCAUGGGCUCAGUGGAGCAGAGAGAUGAGGAGCAGGAGGAUGAAGGUGAAGAAGAGUUAAGGGAUGGAGGGGUGCCUUUCUAUGUGAACAGAGGAGGCCUACCGGUGGAUGAGGAGACUUGGGAGAGGAUGUGGCGCCAUGUGGCUCGAAUACACCCCAACGGUGAAGCGUUGGGGAAGGAGAUCCGGGUUGCCUCUGACCUGCCCAAGAUUCCAAUACCGAGUGUGCCUACAUACCAACCUACCAACACGAUCCCACAGCGCCUGGAAGCCAUACAGAAAUACAUCAGGGAAUUGCAGUACAAUCACACGGGAACACAGUUUUUUGAAAUUAAGAAGAGCCGGCCUCUUACAGCGUUGAUGGACAUUGCUAAAGAGAUGACGCGGGAGGCUCUGCCAAUCAAAUGCCUGGAGGCGGUGAUCCUGGGGAUUUACCUCACCAACAACAUGCCCGGUGUGGAGCGCUUCCCCCUCAGCUUUCAGUCUCAGUUCUCAGGGAACAACUUCCACCACAUUGUGCUGGGAGUUCACAUCGGGGGGCGCUUCGGCGCGCUGGGCAUCAGCCGUAGGGAGGACCUCAUGUUCAAGCCCUUGGAGUUCCGGACACUGAUGGACUUGGUGCAAGAAUUCGAAGGAGCCUACAGGGGCUACUGGCACACCCUGCGCAAGGUCAGGAUUGGCCAGUACGUGUCCCACGACCCUCACAGCGUGGAGCAGAUAGAAUGGAAACAUUCAAUACUAGAUGUAGACAAGCUGACCAAGGAGGAGCUACGGAAGGAGCUGGAGAGACACACUCGAGACAUGAGGCUGAAGAUAGGAAAGCCUGCACCACCCUCUCCCACCAAAGACAGGAGAAACAGCAUGGGUUCACCCCUCAGAGGACCAAGCAGCCCCAUACGUAGGAUCAGCCGCGUUGAGAGACGUCCUUCCGGAGAGAAGAAGGUUUUGGAGCAAAAAUCGGCUGCAGACAUGAAUGGAUACCAGAUUCGAGUCUGAGGAAUUUUAGCUUGCUUGUCGAGUUACAAGGUACCAAACACUUGUUUCACAGAGCCACUGAUUUACUCUGAGGCUUAAUUCUUUGUACACAUUGGCCUAUUAACGGGAUGCACUGUCGAAUAGGUCACCAGCAACUUUUCUUUUUCAAAACAAAUGCCUCAUUCAGCUUCCCUAUGUCUGUGUUGUUCGAGGCUAUUUCUGGAGCAGUUACUGUGCAUAGUAAUUGGUGCUGGCAACGUUCCCAAAUUAUAAAAAGUGCAGUACUUUGUUAACAUUUUUAUACAACUGGAGUUUUACAAACUCAACACAACGAGAAAUAUGACUCCUCACCGAGGCUGGGCGAGACUACCACUCAGUGUAAAUGUGCUACUGGACAUAUCAUAGGUCUCUGUGGUGUUAUUAUUAUGUUCAACAAAAGCUCUUAAGACUCGUCUGGAGGCUGUAUUGUCGUACUGUAAGUGUGCACAUGUAAUGUAAUUUUAAAUUCACUUAGGCUCUGCUGGGCAGUAAUCGCUUGCGUAGUGACUAGUUUGCAAACCACUACCCUUGUGCCUUGUAUGAAAACUCAAAGAGAAGAAAAAUACUUUUUAUAUCCACCCCAUUAUUCUCAUUGUCUAACUAAAUACAAAGCAGUGUAAUCUCUGCUCUUUCAAAAUACUGAAAGUGAAUGAAGUAAAUUGUGUGAGACGUCUAAUAUCCAGAUGCUAGCAUGUUUAGCAUUCUAUUUACCUUAUCAAGACUGAAUAUGGGAUUGAAUAUUAAGUAUACAAAAGUAUAUUUAAGAUUAUGAGGGAUAUGAUAAACAUGAGUUAAUUUGGCUGCUGAAUAUAUGAACCAGAACAAUUAUCAAGGUGACUCCUGGCAAUGCAUCUGACUCACCUCAUCUGGACUUAAUGUAGAUGUAAAGUAACGAGAAGUCUGUUUAUAUGUACUGUAUAGCUGCUUUAUAUAUAUUGUUUCUAACUUUUAUUAGUAGCAACUUCAUCCGAUAUUUCACUUGCCUAAAGUGGUACAACUUCCAGUUCAGCUAAUGUGUAAAGAAGUUUGUUUACAGUACUUUUAUCUGCAUUUUGUAUUUUUUUAAUUGGAAAUACUGUCAUUUUAUACUCCAUUCAGUGUUGGUGAUCACCAGUAGACCAAUAUUUACCACACACUGUUUUGAAAGUGUUGCCACAGCCAACAUUUUAAUGUGUAUAGUAGCUGUUGUCCAUUUUCAUUUCAGUGCUCUAUAACACAAUUGUUUUUUUUUUACCAAAAGACUGUUGAUUUACAGGAUCACA